AAUGAUAUCACAAUACAAUGGUGAAGAACCAUAUGGCAUUAAAAAUAUUAUGUGUGUUCUUACAAAAAGCAUUUGUAUUCAAUGCUUUAUUGUAUCAGAUUAUUAUGAUGAAAUUUAUGAACAGUUUCUAAAAGAAAUGAAUGAAUGGUUGAAAUCUUCCAAAUUGAAGUAUAAAGAAGAUGUUGUUGUAGGAAUUGAAAAGAUGCCUGAAGCUUUUUUGGGACUGUUGAAUGGUAAAAAUUUUGGUAAACUGAUUGUUAAAGUUGAUAAAAAUACAAAAUUGUGA